CAUUGGCACUGUGACGAAAGCUGGCACUGUGACACGAGGCUUUUUAAUAUCAUCACUGACAAAAGGGUGACGUGGAUCUUGUAUCCUGUCCAGUGAGAGGGUGACAGUGACAACGAAAACAUCUCUUAGUGUCCCAGUCUACAAGAAAGUGCCAGCCAAGGUCACCAUGAGAGCGUUGGCACUGUCCAUCCUGGUAGUGACCCUAGCCCUGGGUCACGCCCUCCCUAACAGAAAAGGCUUCCGUCCGCCCUCGAGCCCAGUUCAGCUCCCGCAGAAGGGUCAGGCGGGGCCAGCAGUCCCUCUUCCCAGGCCAAAGGAACAGGAGAGCCUGGAGGCUAGCGGAGACGGCGGCGACGACGACGAUCUCAAGAACGACCCCGAUUGGUUGCCCACGGCGGAGGACUACAAGGACGCUGACGACGACGACGGCGACCAUUCGUAUGAGUAUUACGAAGACUAUGUCGCUGAACCGGAUUAUAAUGAAGAGGAAGAUAAACUCUGGUCUUCUGAUGACGAUCCUGAUUGGCUUCCUGAAGGUGUGAGCGAGGAAGACAGUGAUGACGAGGACGAACUUUGGUCUUCCGGUGAGGACCCUGAUUGGGUGCCCAAAGACCAUAGCAAUGAAGACAGUUCCGAUGAAGUGAGUCAGACCAGCGCAGAAGAUAAAAUUGGAGGCCUCGACCAAGACCUCAUCCUGGAGCUCGCCGAGGCCAUGGUUGUGAGAACUCAAGGACGGGCCACUCUCGAGGAUAUGAUCAAUAUGGUCCUGAGCCUCAACAUGACGCAGGAGGAGGCUCUCGAAGCCUUGGACGGCGUCACCAAGAUGAUCAGUGAGGACCAAGCGCAAGGACAGAGUAAAGGACAGGAACCGCACCCCAAUGACCUAGACCAGACGCGCCCUGAGAUUCCCCCUCCGUCUCCCGAGAGUGAGUCCUUCAGCAAACGACCGCUUCGUCAGUACAAAGGCCAAUACUCCCAGCAGCAGGACCAGUACAGACAGGCCGACCAGCUGGAUUUAGCGCACGGGGUGGAGCCUCUGUCGCCGGGGAGCCAAGGGAGGGUGGACGUCGGCCUUGGAGUGGAGCCAGUGGUGGAGGACGACGGGUAUUCCUUUGGCGACUGGUUAGAUAACACCUGGAACGCGGCCUCGGACAAGGUAGAAGAUUUCGGAGACCGCGCCGAAGACACUUUCCGCGAUAUCGGACACUCGAUCUCUGGCGCGGUGGAGACAGCGGUCGACAAGGUUCAGGAAACGGCUCAUGCGUAUGGCUGGAGUUUUUACCAAGUGCGAGCGAAAGUAAACCUUAUGGAGGAACUACCUGAGGUUCUUACGUCUCUCCAAAGAAUACUGUGUCAGGCAGGUGAACACAUUGUCAGCACCUAUGAAAAAGCUAAGGAGAAAAUGGCCGUCUUAAAAGAACGUUUGGCGGUCAUUUUCACCAAACUGGGAGUGACCAUUCAGCUCGGAGCCGAAUACUGCUUCCAGAAACUCGCUCACGCCGUUGAUCAGGUUCGAAGCAGCCAGGUCUUGGACAAAUUGGAGCAGGAACUCCAGAAGGGCAACGAGCAAGUGUCUAAAUUCCUCUCUGUCUUGGGUCAGAAGAUCACAGCUUGGAAGGCAGAGCACCCAGGUACAGAUAUAGACGCUGGUUUAGUAAUCCACCAUGGCCAACAGGAGGGCCAGGGAGAUCAGCUGGGCCAUAGUGUGGACGGGACACAUGGAGAGCAAACAGUACCGGAGUUCUUCUGGGACCAGCAAGUGGUAGGUGAGCUGGAUAAGCUGGUGGAGCAAGGCGUGUUGACCCAGGAUGACCUCCAGGUGUUCCCGCUACAACAGUCAACACAGGUACUGAUAACUACACAUUUUUUGGUCGGAUGUUUCUGGCUGGUACAAUAG